GUUUGACAAUUUGACAUCUGACUAGUUGAUUUAAUUUUCACAUUGGGAAUAUUAUUAUUAAACUUUUCGGAGAAAAUGGAAAAAGAGGGCCCUUCUGAAAAGUCUGCCCAAGAAAAACGAGCUGAAAGGCUACAACAACUCAAAAAGCUACAUAAACUUAGAAUGGAGGCUCGAACACAUAAUCACCAAGCUGUUGUGGCAGAAGAUGCAAAAAACAAAUUGCCAACAAAUUGGGAAAGUAGCAAAAAGCGGGCUGAAUGGAUUCUGAAUGACGAGAAAGCCAGAGAAGAAGCUAAACAACGAGGAGAGGAUUAUGAUCGGACAAAACUUCUUCAUGUCACUGCAUUAGACGCUGAAAGAAUUGAACGCAAAAAGAAGAAGAAAAACCCAGAUCAAGGGUUUUCUGAUUUCGAAUCAGCCACUGUGAGGCAGUACCAGCGUUUAGUCAAGAAUUUACCACCCAAAGACAUGGAGCAUUACGAAGAACAAAAACAAAAAUAUGGUGAUGCUUUUUAUGCUGGACCCAAUACCAUCAUCCAUGGCUUACACGAAGAUAGACCUCAAGCUAUUGACAAUAUGGUUAAAGAUCUAGAACAACAAAUUAACAAGAGGAACAAAUACUCCAGAAAAAGGAAUCGUAAUGAAGAUGCCGAUAUUGAUUAUAUCAAUGAGAAGAACGCGAAAUUCAAUAAGAAAUUGGAAAGGUUCUAUGGGGAGCAUACAGCAGAAAUCAAACAGAAUUUGGAGAGGGGUACAGCAGUAUAAGCAUUCCAUUUUUGUAUAUUUUGUAUGGAAAGAAAAAAGAUACAGUAUAAAGUUUGAAAGUUCUCAAAAAAAAACUGAGCAAUAUGAGGUGGAAUUGUCAAUCGUUUUUCCAUAUUUUUCCUUAUGUAGAAUCAAAUCCAAACUUAUAAAUAUGUUGUAUUUUAAUAUGUGAAAAAAUACCAUUAAACUAACAGUUUAUUAUCGAGAAUUUAUUCUUACAGAAUGUUUUAAAACGAAAUUGAUUUGUUAAUUGUAACAUUAUUAAAAUAAAAUCUGUAUAUAUUCAAAAAUAAAAAGAUUUAAGAUAUAUGAU